AUGCCCAUCGCACCUAUCGUUGGAAAGCUCCGAAAGAGGCUGAUCUUGGAUAUUUCCACGGCCUUCGGACUUGGUCUGACUGCUGGAUACGGGUACUGGUACGGAGUUCACGUUCCUUCCGCCCGACAGAGGGACGAGUUCUACCGCAGACUGGAGGAGCAGAAGAACUUGGCCGCUUGA